AGCUCGGGAUCCCGGGGGACUGCUCCCCUGCCCCUGUCUCUGGCCACCGGACCGGUGCCUUAUUUUAGACGCGGCGACCCGGGCACCUGCUGCCGAGGCCCCCGGUCCUCGCCCAUUGUCCGCAGGCUUUGGUCCCCGGCGAUUUGGAGCGUCUGUCAUGGAGACGGGGGGAGGGCGGGGCGGUGUCCAGGGACGGUGCCCUUUUCCCAGAGGCGGCUCCGGACGCAUCGCCUGCGGGACCCGAGCCGAGGAGCCCCCGCUUUGUCCUUCUUCGGAGGCUCUCCCGCCGCGCAGCGGCAUCUUCUCCGGCGACGUCCAGAAUGAGUAGUGAAGGCUGCUCUUUAUCCUGCAUUGUAAAGUAAAACUUGUCUUUAUAGAAACGUAUACUGAAUAUUGGCGCAUCUCCUGUGCUUCUUUAGGGUGUAUUAGGAAACUGGGCCGGGCACUGUCAGGAUUGUCCUGUCGGUAGGUCGGGAGGGAAAGAAAUGUGAGAGAAACUUAUCCUCCCAAAUAUUUUCCUGCCGAGGUGCUUUUCGAGCUGCCUCUUAGGUGACUGCUUUUCUUUUCUGGAACAAAGUAAAAACUACAGGUAGAAAUCAAGAAAGUCUCUCAGACUUCUGGCCAGGCAACCUUUUUAACGUUUUUCUGUAUGCGAACUGGUACGAAUGAAAGACUGGAAUUUGAAAAGGUUUUGAUGUGGAUUCAUGUGUAAAAAGUGGAUAGUGGCUCACAUGUCAAAGGAUGGCACGGUCACGCUCUAGAUCCCCCAGGUGGAGGCACAGGUCUUUAUCACCAGUACCUAGAAAUUCUGAACACUACAAGCAAAGACCUGAGCAUUAUGGCUAUGAAUAUAGGAAGGAUCCAAAAAGACCCGUCACUUGGAGAAUGGACAAUGAGAAACAUGGACAGAGUAAACCAAGGAUUCCUUCUCGUGAAACUAUACAUUACCGAUCUUAUGAACAUAGAUCAUCUUCCCCAAACAUAAGAAGAAACUCUUUAGAAAAUUUUUAUACUUAUAAGCCUCCCCAAGUAUAUUUACCAGGAAGAGGGGAUGAUAGUAACAGAAGAUCUCAGUAUAUGCCCAAAUACUCAGAAGGUGUACUCUACAAGGAGAACCAGAGGAAUUGUUAUCCCCAGAAAGUGCAAGGAAGGUAUUUUCCUGAUGACCACAGAGUUAGAGGAAGUGGAAAAGGAGGGAAACCACCUCUGAGGUCAAUAGCAGAUUCUUUUAGAUUCGAAGGACAGUGGCAUGAAGAUGAAUUGAGGCACCAGAGGAUACAAGACGAAAAAUAUUCUCAGUCACUUAGAAGAGGCUCUGAAGAUUUUGAGAAAAGGAGCUCUUUUCAGACGAGGUAUCCUGAGGAUCGUGAUUUCAGAAAAUAUGGACACACAUCAAAAAGACCUCAAGACGUGGAGAGGUAUGAAAACAGAGAGCCUGCCAGGAGCCCACAGUGGAAGUCCAGGCAUUUUCUCACUUCUUACCAAGAGAAGAAAGAUCAGUGGAACCUCGGACCCCAAACUCUUCGAUACGCUCCGAAGGAAUUACCAGAGACCAGUUCAGCAGCCAAGGCAUCCUGUGACUAUCGCCACAAACAUCGUAAGACCUCAGAUGGGGACCAGGACUUUUAUGAUGGAAGAACUCAGAAGUACUCUAAGGAGGAAGAUAGAAAAUUCGGUUCUCAAAAAGGCCCUGUAAAUAGAGAGUCCGAUUGCUUUAAUGCUGGAAGAGGGAGAGAGACUGAAGGUGGGCAAGUCAAAGAGCCUUUUAAGCCAUCUAAGAAAGACUGCACUGCCUGCACUCAUUCAAAUAAAAGCGACGUUGGUUUGAGACCCUGUAAUGACAAACGGAAGGACAAAAUAAAGAAAGAAGGGGCUGGCAGAAAAGAGAGCAACUCUUCCCAUAACCGACUUGAUAAGAGUAAAAAACUUUCUGACUCGAAACCUUCAUCUGCCAUUCUUAGGAAGAAAUCACUCACAGUUAAAGUAGAUGUGAAGAAAACAUCCAGGGUUGCUUCUAGCUAUUCCACAGAGAGACAGAUGUCACAUGAUUUGGUUGCUGUUGGCAGGAAAAGUGAAAACUUUCAUCCAGUGUUUGAACAUCUUGACUCAACUCAGAAUACUGAAAACAAACCUACAGGAGAAUUUGCUCAGGAAAUCAUAACUAUAAUCCAUCAAGUUAAAGCAGAUUAUUUUCCAUCACUUGGAAUUACUCUACAUGAGCGUUUCUCAAAAAUGCAAGUUACACAAGCUGCAGAUGUAAAUGAAUUUAAAUUGAACUCAGAUCCAGAAAUUCACAGGAGAAUAGAUAUGUCUUUGGCCGAGCUUCAGAGUAAACAAACUAUGGUAUAUGAUUCAGAACAGACUCUGGUCAAAAUAAUAGAUCCAAAUGACCUACGACAUGACAUUGAAAGAAGGAGAAAAGAACGGUUACAGAAUGAAGAUGAGCACAUUUUUCACAUAGCUAGUGCUGCAGAGAGGAGCGAUCAGCAUUCCAGUUUUUCAAGGUUGAAGAAUACCCAUGUUGAUGUAUUCCAAAAACCUACAUGUUUGGUAAAAUCAAAUUUUAGAAAGUUUAUUCAGAAACCUUACUUGAAUUAUCAUACUAUGCAGAGAAAAGACGUCAUUACUCACAAACCAUUUGGAAUUGAGGGAAACCAUCAAAAUACAAGAGGCUUUAGAAGAACUUUUAAGACCAACCUUAGAGGUGGCACAUUUCAGCCCCAGUAUAAAUCAGGCCUAGUACAGAAGAGCUUGUGCAUUCAGGCUAAAUAUCAGCGUUUACGGUUUGCUGGUCCAAGCGGAUUUAUCACUAAUAAAUUCAGAGAAAGAUUACUGAGGAAAAAAAAGGAAUAUACAAACAUUGCCCCAGCAAUCUAAUCUGGAAUUGUUACAAAUGGAAAUGACACUACAGGAUGAUAUUUGGGAGCAUCUUUUUGUCAAGAGUUAGAAUUGGCACUAAAGCACUAAUACUGUAACUAUCUUGAUAAAAUAACUUUAUUUUUCCGUAGUGGAAUGCUGCAACUUUUUUACACUUAACAAUUGCUUUUAAAUUACAGUAUUCAAUUUAAAAGUUGUAUUAACUACAGCUUCUUUUGCAAAAAGUCUCAAAAGGGCAUUAUUUGUUGAUGCAUUUUUCUCUGAGCAUGGUUUCAUAGAGAACUGAGUUAUAUCCAGACGUUUCUAUGUUGAAAGUUUUGCUUAUGUAAUAAAAACAAAAACAAAAGUACCUGAAUUGUAUAGUGUCUGUACAUGAAAGAACUUUAAACAGUGGCCUUACGUAGCAAUUUUUAUACCAGAUUUUUCUUUUUCUGAUGACAUUUUGGCUUACAACUUGAAGUUUUCUUAAGCUUCUGAAGAUCAAGGUCUAUAUAAUUCAUACAUUUCAUAUUAUGACAUAAGAAGACGUAAGAAAAGGUGCUUCAAAUUUUCCAUCAGGUAGUUAUGAGUGCACUGAAUUUUUAGUAAUUGGUUCAUUCAGUUUUUUUCCACAACUAUUUGCUCUUUUCCAACUUCAAAAUGCUAUUGUGGAAAAUACAUAAAGAUUUUAUAAUCUGUAUUCCAUCUUACUUUCCCUCAGGGUAAGCUCAUGCAUAUCAUAUUUUUAAAGGCUUUUAAAAAAAACUGACAGACAAAAUGUCAUAUUCAGAAAUUGUACUUUACUACUACAGCAUUACACAUUUUGCAAGCACAUAUUAUAAAGUGUUUAUUUUCAGUUCAGUUGUAUUGAGUACCUACUAUGUGUAAGAUAACAUUGGUAGGGUUUUAAAUGAUAUUUUAGGUCUCAAUACCUUAUUUCUUUAUGUUUUCUGUGUUCUGCUUAAUAGUACAUAUACAUUUCCAAUUAAACUUUUGUGAAAUGUUUAAUUGUAAUUAAAUAAAAUACUGUUGCUCCUUC